AGAGAGAGAGAGAGAGAGAGAGAAUCCACUACACCACAACACCACACCGCAGUCCCAAGGACACGCUACCUCCCUCCUUCAUUUAUCCCCUAAAAACCCGCUCGUGCUGUUCUAUUUUCGGGUCUCAUUUCCUGCCAGGAAAGGGACCGACAGGAGAAUAAAGAAGUAUAAAGCUUUCCAGGUCCCUGAUGCUCGAGCUUGGUGUAAUCUCAAGGAACAGCGAGCAGCCCACGAAGAUUAUCAAAAUAAUCCCGGAGAUUUGCUUUCCUAAGGCGAUCUAAGUAUAAUUUCACUGAAAGGGAAAGGACACAAGGCAUAGCAGGAAAAUGAUUCCGGUCACGGAAUUCCGUCAGUUCUCGGAACAGCAGCCAGCGUUCCGAGUCCUAAAGCCAUGGUGGGAUGUCUUUGCCGAAUAUCUCUCCGUGGUCAUGCUUAUGAUCGGUGUGUUUGGCUGCACGCUGCAGGUAAUGCAGGACAAAAUCAUAUGCCUUCCUCAAAGGGUUCCUGCCCCAAACCUAACGGUGCCUUCACUGAACCAGACAGAGCUCACAAGGGAUCCGACCAAUUCCUCUCUUCCACCUGUUGCCCCAGUGCCCGUAUCCUAUGAGAUGAAGGGACUCAAAACCAACUUGGAUCUGCAACAGUACAGCUUUGUAAACCAACUGUGCUAUGAAAAAGCUCUGCAUUGGUAUGCUAAGUAUUUUCCUUACCUGGUGCUCAUACAUACCCUUGUAUUCAUGGUGUGCAGUAAUUUCUGGUUCAAGUUCCCUGGCUCGAGUUCAAAAAUCGAGCACUUCAUCUCCAUAUUGGGCAAAUGUUUUGAUUCUCCAUGGACUACCAGGGCUCUGUCUGAGGUGUCGGGAGAGGGUCCGGAGGAGAAAGACCACAAAAAGAACAGUGCAAGUAGAUCAAAUCUUAAUGCCUCCACUGUGGAGAGUAAUCUGGAGAAGACCCAGUCACUGAGAUCUAUUCCGGAUAAGAUUGUAGUGGACAAACCUGCAGCGAGUGCACUAGACAAGAAGGAAGGAGAGCAAGCUAAAGCACUGUUUGAGAAGGUAAAAAAGUUCCGACUUCACGUGGAGGAAGGGGAUUUGCUGUAUCUCAUGUAUGUUCGACAGACUGUUAUUAAAGUGAUCAAGUUUGUUCUUAUCGUUGUCUACAGCAGUGUUCUGGUGUCAAAUGUUAAAAUUACAGUUCGUUGUGAUGCAGACGUAGAGAAUAUGACCGGCUACAAAAAUUUUUUGUGCAAUCACACCAUGGCCCAUCUCUACUCCAAGCUCUGCUACUGCUAUUUGUGUUUUGUAAUUGUCUAUGGCUUAACAUGCCUUUAUACAUUAUACUGGCUUUUCUACCGUUCUCUGAAAGAAUACUCUUUCGAAUAUGUGCGGCAGGAGACUGGAAUUGACGACAUACCGGAUGUUAAAAACGACUUUGCUUUUAUGUUGCACAUGAUUGACCAAUACGAUCCACUAUAUUCCAAGAGGUUUGCAGUGUUUCUGUCUGAAGUGAGUGAAAACAAGCUCAAACAACUGAAUCUGAACCAUGAGUGGACCGUAGAAAAACUUCGCCAAAAGCUACAGACCAAUGCUAGCGACCGACUGGAGCUUCAGCUCUUUAUGCUCUCAGGGCUUCCGGAUACUGUCUUUGAGGUCACUGAACUGCAGUCCUUGAAGUUAGAGAUUAUUAAUAAUGUCACAAUCCCUCCAGCCGUUUCUCAGCUGGAAGAUCUUCAGGAGCUUUCUCUGCACCAAUGCACUCUCAAAAUCCACACAGGCGCCCUCUCUUACCUGAAGGAAAACCUUAAGGUUCUGCGUGUGAAGUUUGAUGACAUCCGUGAGCUUCCUCUUUGGCUCUACAGUCUUCGUAAGUUGGAGGAACUCCAUCUGGUCGGAUCUCUGAGUCCAGAUGCUUCAAAGAACAUAACCCUGGACUCUUUACGUGACCUCAAAUCCCUUAAGACCUUGACUCUCAAAAGCAACCUUACGAAGAUCCCCCAGUCAGUUGUGGACGUGUCCAGCCACUUACAGCACCUGUACGUGCACAAUGAUGGCACCAAGCUGGUCAUGCUGAACAACCUGAAAAAGAUGACGUAUCUUAUAGAGCUUGAGCUGAUUCAUUGUGACCUUGAACGCAUUCCACACGCCAUCUUCAGUCUGACCCACCUGCAGAUGCUGGACCUUAAAGAGAACAGUCUGCGCUCUGUCGAAGAGAUCAUCAGCUUCCAGCACCUCCGGAAACUCACGUGCCUAAAGCUGUGGCACAAUGCGAUCACUCACAUCCCUGAGCAUAUCAAGAAGCUCGGCAGUCUGGAACGCCUAUAUUUUAGCCACAACAAGAUAGAGAUUUUGCCAUCACACCUGUUUCUGUGCAACAAGCUACGCCAUCUUGACCUUUCUAACAAUGACAUCAGCUUCAUUCCUCCAGAAGUAGGUGUUCUCCAGAGCCUUCAGUACUUCUCUGUCACAUGCAACAAAAUCGAGAACCUCCCAGAUGAACUCUUCUUCUGCAAGAAGCUAAAGACCCUCAAGCUUGGGAGGAACAAGCUUUCUGUGCUCUCACCAAAGAUUUCCUACCUGACUUCACUGACUGUUUUGGAGUUAAAGGGCAAUCAGUUUGAAGCUUUGCCCGCUGAGCUUGGCAACUGUCAAGCCUUGAAGCGCAGUGGCCUUGUGGUAGAAUCCACCCUGUUUGACACUCUGCCUUCAGAAGUCAGGGAUUAUAUGAAAGCUGAGUGAUGUUUUUUAGCUUUGGUAAAAACUUCUCUAAUGUUUAAAAAAGGGCAGCAUUACCAAUUCUUUUUAACUGAACUUGUAUCCCACUCCCACAUUCAAUAUUUUGAUGUUUACGGGUGAGUACCUGCUUUUAAAUGCUUAGAUAUUUGAAAAAACACAGGAUCUUAUUAAUAAAAGGAAAUCUCUUUGGAGUAGAAUUUAGUAUUGUAUUGUACCUCAGAGCUGAUGUAGUUGUUUUAAGGAUUUAAGACAAUGUUACAUUCAAUCAUUCAUUUAUUUAAGCACCUUAUGUAGAAUUCUCUGCCGUAUCAAAGAAUAGAAAUUAGCCUCAGUGUUAACGUGUAUUCGAAGACAGUUGUUGCAUUGCAUGUAUUAAAAUAUUAAUAAUGGUAAGGAUUUCAUUAUCUAUAUGAAGGUUUUACAAAACAUGAAGUGAACCAUGCUAGCCUGCCAAACUGCAGUAUUUUGCCUUUGUAAACACUAAAUGUCUGCAGAGUCUAUGAUUGCUAUCAGUUGGAGAAGGACUUAUGUUGUGCAGUGGUUUUAUGCCAUAGUUGGGUCCAAUGUCACAGCUCUUUUGUUUGGAGGCUAUCAUGUUACGGCUAAAUCCUUGUCCUAGUCUUUUACAUUUAAACGAUUUUAGUGAGCUCAAGCAGACCUGAGUACCAGGCUACUACACAGGUUCUACUGUCAGUUUAUGUGUAGCAUGUAUGGUAUUUUUCCAUUUGUUACAAGGAAACUAUGAUUUUCAGCUUUUUCAAUCAAGGUGAAAGGACAUGAAAUGCAUUGUUUUUUUGGUAGCAGGGAAUUUCACAUUUCACUUUAUGCUGACUAUCUGUUAGAACAAUGACCUGAAAAUUGACGAGCUUUCUUGUGAGCCAGUAGUAGCCAAGUGGGUGGUACUUUGGUCUUUCUGGUGAGCCAAUAAAUAAAUAACACGGAGGAGCUGAAUAUUUCCAUGUAGUGGUCACUCUAGCCUGUUUUUUUGGGGGUUUUUUGGAAAAAAGAAGACAAAAUUAGCGGUCUCAUUCACUGACGGAUGUUGUGUGGUAAAAAAAAAUUUUUUUUCUACAUCUGCUACAGAAAUGUUAACAUCCCAUCAUCUUAUUCAACAAAUUUUAGCAUGUUUAUAAUACAUAUGUGUAUCAAGUGCAGAAACUGUAUCAAAAUAUACUCGAAUAUAUAUAUAUAUAGAUGUUCUUCAUUGAAUUACGUAGCUUACUUGUUGGGUCAUUGGAGUGUUUUGAAGGCUUAGGCACUGAAGGAAAGAGGAAGUGGUGGCACCACAAAUACUUAAGUGUUCUCAGGUAAUCUGGCUAGUCCUUUUCUUUUUGCAUCACUGUUUUGAAUUUUACUUAUGUCCUUGAAAAGCUGAAAGGAAUCCUGUCAAAAUAUACCUCCUUUACAUACACUAAAAGAGUGCUACGUUGUGCUGUAAGCUAUUUCUUUAUUAACAUAUUUCGUAUAGUAUUGCUAAUGAGCGUUUCAUAGCUCGACUGAUGGCUAGCUUUCCAGUUUUUCUAUUUUGUGUUGUACAAUCUUUUUCUACAGUGAUACUUCACUUUUUCUACUCACUCAUAAGUUUUUACUUUUUUUUUUAUUAUUCUUAUUUUUUUAAAUCUAUCGCUACCUCUCCUGCAGCUCACGUACCGGUUAUUCAGCUAUAGCCAAAUAAUUUUUAGUGCUGUUUGUUUUAGUUAACAGUAGAUGUAAAGCUUUUGUUUAGAUAGAUGUCAUGUACAGUAAUUUUUAUUGGUAUGUUUUGGAUGAAAAAGUGUGCCUAUUUAAAAGGGGGCAUUAAACUUGGACUCUUUUAAUUGCCAUUAGUUGCCUUUGCACUGUUAUACUGUAAGAUUUUAUACUCAAGUGCUUGCUGUAGUUUUAAAACUUUUUUUUUUGUGCCAAAAAGAUUUGGCUAACACACACACACAAAAAAAAAUAAAUAUGCAGAAGAAUAUUCUGAGCAUGUAUUUUUAUUUGUCUUUUUGCUGCUAUAUUUGUGAAUUAAUGUUUUUCCUGAUUUCUGUAUACUGCCUAUGCUACAGAUGGCAAUAAAAAUAACUGAAGAUAAGGAAGGAUCUUGUAGCUAAAGCAACAGUUAGAUCUGUUUUAUAAUGUUCUAUAUGAACGCCACAUUUAAUGCUGUUUAAGCCACCACCAUACACACCAUCGAGAGCUAGGCAGUUAUUUAUUUAUUUAUUUAUACAUAUAUUGCAUGUUAAAUAAUUACAGAUGGAGUCCAAACAUUAGAUGCAAUGAUAUUUGAGGGCAAAAUAGUGUUCUUUCAUGCUGCUUGUUGUGACUGCUUAAAUAUUGCAAAAUGCAAGAAUGUGAAAUAUUUCUCUUCUGACAGUGCUGCGGUUGUUAUUAGAAGAUAAUUUCAAUAAAAGGAUCACAUUUGUUGCUAGCUUUGCCAAAAGCAAACUGUUCAGGUUUUUCUGGUAAAACCAUACAAAUUCACACUCAUGGACUUAAGAGAGUUUUGUCAUUACAUCACAAGAGACUUUAGUGGAUUUUUUCAUACCGGCCACCUUUUAAUCUAACAGAACUCAGUCCAAGACAUAUGAAUAUGAAAGCUCGAACUUUCUAGAGAUUGUUUUGGUGAAGUGUGAUGAAUUAUCGGAGAAAAUGUUCAGUAUAAAGUUGAGGUGCACUUCAGAACUGGGAUUCUGUGGGAACCAACAAUAACACACACACACACACUGUGGGGCAUGUAGACAAAUUUGUAUCUUGUGGGACAGGAUGUUUGUGUCCUACUGAGCAACAUGUUUAUGUGGCUGUGUUGGUUAGGAUUACAGGCAGAUGGCAACACAAAUAACUGCAGGGGUUUGGUAAAGAGUGCCAACGGGAGGCUGGGG